UCUUGUGUGAAUUAUUUACUUAAGCUGAGAUUAGGGAACGGGACUGGUGCAACGUGGUCACUUGUCAUAUGGAUACCACCCAAGCAUAUGUGUGGAGACUCCAAAACUUUGUUCUUGGUGAGCAUAUAUUGAAGCCAUGCCCCCAAAAUCCGACACCUGUAAAGGCUUGUGCUAUCAGUGCUUGUGGCAAUUUUGCCUUGCUAGGGACAGCAUGUGGUUGGAUUGAAAGAUUUAACCUUCAAUCUGGAAUCAGCCGGGGUGCUUACGUUGACAUAUCAGAACCUAAAAAUUGUGCUCAUGAUAGCGAAGUAGUUGGAGUUGCUUGUGACUCCACAAAUACCCUCCUGAUAAGUGCUGGAUAUCAUGGAGAUAUAAAGGUCUGGGAUUUCAAGGGACGUCAAUUUAAAUCGAGAUGGGGCAUUGGGCGCCCUAUUGUCAAGAUCAAUUACCAUCGUUAUAAUGGUCUUUUGGCUGCCGUUGUCGAUGAUUACACUAUACAAUUGUUUGAUGUUGUGAAUCUUAAACUUGUCCGUAAAUUUGAAGGUCACACUGAUCGUAUAACAGACUUGUCCUUCAGUGAGGACGGAAAAUGGCUUGUAUCUUCCAGUAUGGAUGGAAGCCUUCGAAUUUGGGAUGUAAUCUUAGCAAGACAAAUAGAUGCGAUACUUGCUGAUGUGCCUGUCACUGCAUUAUCCCUCUCCCCAAACAUGGAUAUACUAGCUACUACACAUGCUGAUAAAAAUGGAGUAUACCUGUGGGUAAAUCAGGCGAUGUUCUCUGGUGCUCCAAAUGUUGAUUCCUUUGCAAGUGGAAAGGAUGUUGUGAGCAUCAAGCUACCAUCUAUCUCCUCUACAAAUGAUUCUCAAGUUGAACAUUCUGAUAAGCCGGCAAAUGCUUCUGAACCUAAGGAUGUUCCAGGUUUUGCUGCUCAAGAGAAGCAUAUGCCUGAUCUGGUUACUCUCUCAUUACUGCCUAAGAGCCAGUGGCAAAGCUUGAUUAGUCUAGACAUUAUAAAGGCCCGCAAUAAACCUGUUGAGCCUCCAAAAAAGCCUGAAAAGGCUCCAUUCUUCUUGCCUACUGUUCCGUCUCUUUCUGGGGAAAUAUUGUUUGAGCCUGGUAAGUUACUAGAAAAGGAGAAAGAUAAAACAAGCCACGAAGCAGAAAUAUUUAAAAGUGCAGACAUGCCGCCAUCCCAAUUUCUUUAUCUUCUUAAAUCCUCAGCCGAAGGAGACAAUUAUGCAGCUUUUACUGAUUAUAUCAAAGGAUUAUCUCCAUCAACUUUGGAUAUGGAACUUAGAAUUCUUCAGAUCAUUGAUGAUGACGAUCAUCAAGAAUAUAAGAAACCAGAGUUGGUUUCGAUUGAACAACUUCUGGACUAUUUUAUUCAUGAGCUCUCCCGCAAAAAUAAUUUUGAGUUUCUACAAGCUGUAAUCAGGUUAUUUUUAAAGAUACACGGUGAGACAAUUCGGCAGCAGUCACAGUUGCAAGAUAAGGCGCGGAAGCUUUUAGAAGUUCAAUGCCUGGUUUGGCAGAAAGUAGAUAGAUUGUUUCAAAAUGCUAGAUGUCUGGUUUCUUUUCUGAGUAACUCACAGAUUUAGAUAUGAGUAACUCAUCCUGAAAUUUUCCAAUUUGAGUGGUAGUCUAGGCGCACGAUAAGAGCAGAUCUAUGAAAGAUGUUAUCUUAUGGGGUUACACGUACAUUUGGAGGCAGAUGGAAGGGUGGUGAAUGAUUCGAAGCUGGUGGACGAAUUCUUGUGAUGAUGUUUCAAGUUUUGUAGAUCUAUUUUAGCCCCACCAAAGGGUUAAAAAAGGAAUUUAAUUUUUUUCAACUGUCAUUUUAAA